AUCUGUGAGAGCGUGGAGGUCGACCGAGAGAGAGAGAGAGCGUGCGGGCGGGCGAGAGGCGGUGUGGCAGGAAAAGAAGCCAUGAGUGGCUAUGGAGUUCGUUUGUAUAACACCGUCUCCCGAUCCAGUGUUAAUGAAUUGUUGGGGUGCUUGGAUAUGUUUUGGUGACGAGGGCAGAGGUCUAUGAGCAGUUUUCAUGGAGCGUCGGAGGUGGCGGGGUGCUGAAUGGAAAAUAUGUCGCCCUAACCUCUUCCAAAGUCAAACUUACUCUUUUGGCGGAGCGUUGAAUAUACGUGUUGAUGAUGCUGAGGUCGGAACUGACGUCGCUGAUGAUUCGAGCUCAUCAUCUUCUCCGCAAACAGCCGACAUUCAAGGCGGAAGAAGUACCGUUGUUGUAUCGCGAACCAGGGGUGCUAACCGGAUAUCGUCUGCCCGGAAUGAAACUGGUAUCCUACGUCAUCAGCGUCCUACAGUUGAACAACGAGGUCGUCAAUAUAUGGACACAUCUCAUCGGCUUCGUGGUUGUUGUCUUCAAGAUCCACUUUCUGCUGGAGGAAUUUGGAGCAAACGAUUCUAGGAUUUUCCCGGUCAUCGGUUUCGGAGUCUGUUGUCUUCUUUAUACAUUUUUCAGCGUGAUCGCUCAUACUGUUCACUCUAUUUCACCACUCGUCCAUUACACGUCCUUCCAAGUUGAUUAUGCUGGUAUAGCACUUUAUGCCUUCGGGGGAUCACUCUCCGUGUUUUAUACGAGUACAGACAGUGAGACGAAGACCCAGUUGCAGUCGUGGUUUCUUCCAGUAAACUUCACCCUCUCUUGGUUUUGCUUUUUGUGUUGCUGUAUUGCGAAGCUGAAAUAUCGCAGACCAUAUCCUAUCAGUAGAAAGUUAUGGCAGGUUAUCCCUUAUGGCGUCCACUCGCUCCUCACAAUGGGCCUCGUCUUCCGCAGAGCUGUCAAAUGUUUCUCGGACAACUGUAACGAUCCGGGGUUGAGUAUGCAUAGAACUGCCGUCAUUCUCGCCAUUAUUGCAGCCUUGACCUUUUCAAGCCAUCUUCCGGAGAAAGUGUGGCCAGGUCUGUUUGAUUUAAUUGGUCAAGGACAUCAGGUGUUCCACGUUGUCAGCAUCUUGCUAACUCUCAAACAGUUUGAUGCCGCUCGCUGGGACAUUUUGCAUUCCAAUAUUGACUUUUCUAAUGACGUCCGACCUAAGUUAUCCACAGUACUGGGCGUGAUAGCUGGUUUGUGUGCGUGCUGUGUCUUCACCAUUCUUGCCCUGAGGCCGUAUGUCAGGAAGGUUGUUCAAGGUGGUGACAUUUUAGAAGAAACGAAACGAGUCAAUUAGUUUGUAUAAACUAUUUUGUAUGUUUUACAGAUUGAUAUCAAUAUAUUUUGUCAUACGUGGUUGGCAUAAACGAUUUUUGUAUCAGCAAA